AGGAGGCUGUGCUCCUAUUGGGCGGCGCGUCGCCGGAAGAGGAAGUCGCGGGGCGUGUGCACACCCACUCGGGGCUCGGGCGGGCCCGUAAGCGGCUGGCUGAGGGGAAAAGCCUCGGGCUGGCUGUGGCUCCGAGGCCGGCUCCAUGCAAUGCGCGGCCUCUCGUAGCGCCAUGCAGCGGACCGGAGGAGGAGGAGCGGCGGCGGCAGCAGCGGCGGAGCCUGGAGGCGAGGCUGUUGCUGCGGCCGCGGCCUCCUACCGGGUCCUGAGCCGUUUCCUGGGCUACGGCGGCGCCGAGUCGGCCUCAGCCGUGGGCGGCGCCGUGGUCGGGGAAGCCACGGGCGGCCUGAGGGGCUCGCAGCUCUUGGUCUUCCGCCCGGGCGAGGCGUCGGGGUCCCCGGCCUUGCCUCCGCCUCAGCAGCCGCCUCCUCCGCCGCCUCCUCCGCAGCCCCGCUGCUCCCUCCUCGACGCCCCUCCGAAGGGAUGCCACUGCCAACCCGCAGCCGGGCGGUGCUGGAACGGCGCGGCCGGCGGCCUACUCUUUCCCCCAGGCGCCGGCCUCGAGUUGCAGCUCGCCGCCCUGGCGCUCGGGGCGCCCGGCAAACCCCCCGGCGCCUGCCCUUGCUCGCCUCAGGCCCCGCCGCCGCCUUCGCUGCCCGAGGAGACCAGCGACGCCUUGCUGGUCCUGGAAGCCCUCGGCCCCGAAGAGGAGGAGGAGGAGGACGGCGAGGGAGGAGGAGGAGGAGAGGCUUCGGCAACAUCAUCAACAACAACAACAUUGGGGCAGGCGGAACCCCCCACCCCGGCUAACAUCGGGGCCGGCCGCUACUCCCAAGCCCCGGCGCCUCCUGCCUCGCCAGGCCCGAAGCGGCCCUCCACCCCGUCCAGGAAAGGCUCCUUCAAGGUCCGCCUCAGCCGCCUUUUCCGCACCAAAAGCUGCAGCGGAGCGGCCACCUCGGGGGGAACGCGUCGGGGCGGGGAAAAGGAACUUCUGCAAGCCGCCGCCGCUGCUUCGGCCGCCCCAGGGAACGCGGGCACGGCGGGGAGCCUUCCCGAUGUCUCCCAUCCGGGGUGCCGCGAACCAGACUCGGGCAGAAAGCCAAGAUUGAUGCGAACACAAAGUGCCUUUUCUCCCGUUGUUUUUGGUCCCCUCUUCACAGGUGAGACAGUGUCGCUGGUGGAUGUGGAUAUCUCUCAGCGUGGUCUAACGUCUCCACAUCCUCCUACACCACCACCUCCCCCACGACGAAGCCUCAGCCUUUUGGAUGAUAUCAGUGGGACACUGCCUACAUCUGUCUUAGUGGGUCCGAUGGGGUCUUCGUCCCUCCAGUCUUUUCCUCUUCCUCCGCCACCUCCGCCGCACGCCCCUGACGCAUUUCCCAGAAUCAUCCCAAUCAGAGCACCAGAAGCAGUACACAGCCAACCUUCACAGCACCUUCAGUGCCCUCUCUAUCGGCCUGACUCAAGCAGUUUUGCAGCAAGUUUGCGGGAGCUAGAAAAAUGUGGUUGGUACUGGGGACCAAUGAACUGGGAAGAUGCUGAAAUGAAGCUGAAAGGGAAACCUGAUGGCUCCUUUUUGGUUCGAGAUAGCUCUGAUCCUCGGUACAUUCUGAGUCUCAGCUUUCGAUCACAGGGUAUUACCCAUCAUACCCGAAUGGAGCACUACAGAGGAACUUUCAGUCUUUGGUGUCACCCCAAAUUUGAGGACCGCUGCCAGUCCGUAGUGGAGUUCAUAAAGCGUGCCAUCAUGCACUCCAAAAACGGGAAGUUCCUGUACUUUUUGCGAUCCAGGGUUCCAGGUCUCCCUCCGACCCCUGUCCAGCUCCUUUACCCAGUCUCUAGGUUCAGCAAUGUGAAAUCGCUACAGCAUCUCUGCCGCUUCCGGAUAAGACAGCUAGUCCGCAUUGAUCACAUUCCAGAAUUACCACUCCCCAAGCCUCUGAUCUCGUACAUCCGCAAGUUCUACUACUAUGACCCCCAGGAGGAGGUCUAUCUCUCACUGAAAGAGGCUCAGCUUGUUUCCAAACAGAAGCAAGAGGCAGACACUUCAACGUAGUGAGGGGCCCUUCCCCAUCUUGUUGCUGUCUACAAUGGAAUUUGGUCACCAGUAUUAUGUAGCUAUAGAGGCUGCAUUGAAACGGACUCCUGGCAUUGCUUGCUUCCUGGCUGUCUCUUGAGACUCUGGAGAGGGUCCAGGGCACUCGAGAAGAAGCACAGCUGUGCAUUGAAAAAUGGGAGCCACAAUCCCCCCCUCUCAAAAAAAAAUCUAGUUCCAUAAAGAUGCUGAAAUCUUCUGAAGCUGGACUACAAGCUCCUGAAAGGAUGGAGAAUGUUAUUUUUCUUGUUAAAUUUCUAUUUUUGGUGCUUCCUUUUCACCUUCUCCCCUUUCUUUUGUGGCAUGGGAAACAGCAAGCCAAUUUCAUGUUUUGUUUACUUGUUGAUAUUGGGGGGCAGCAUCUGGGGGGCGGGGUGGGGGUCGAGUAUGUGAAGCAGAUUCCUGAGAUUUAAAUAGCAAAAUGGGAUUUGUUGUCCAUUGUUUCUGUUUGUAAAAGACUGCUUGGAAAAGGCAAGUCUGAGCCCGAGCUGGAUAAAGUCUUAUAUACAACCUAUAAGAGGCAGAGAGAACAGUAAGCUCUGCUGUGCCUCAUGGAAGAUUUGUGGAUGGUGCAAUUGAAAAUCAGUCAGAUGAAAAGAAAAAAAUGUGUUGCCUUUGCUGGAAUGUCUAUAGGACACAAGUAACGUUCUGAAUCUGUGGCACUUGAUGUUGGCCAAAUGAAUAAUGAAUAGGUAUCUUAUUGGCAUUUCUCUCCUCUCCUCCCUUUAAACACUGGAAUGCCAUCCAAGAGGUGGCUGAUAACAGUAUUGGUAAACCUAUCAAGCAGAUAUAAAAUGCACAGUGGGAAUCUGAAGCUGAUCUUGUUGCAAAUCAGCUUUUGUUCUGUUGCUUCCCAGAACUGGAAAGCAAGUUGCCCUACUGGACAAGCAGAGUGAAAGCUCAGCCAGUGGAAAGAAAUAGCUCUUCAACUCCUAUAAUGAGAGUAAGCAGAUUUUUGAAGCACCUUAGCCUUCACAAUGCAAGAGUGAAAAUGAAAGAACAAAUGAGGGGAACAGUAAUUAUCUUCCCGCUCUGUCCAAGAGAGUAUCUGUAACCAACCAUCCUGAGAAAUCUGCUGAUUCCGUGAAAGAAAUACUGUGCAUAGUCUAAUUUUUCCACCACCACCACAAGGCAAAGUUAUCAUCGCAAAAUAAUAUGGCCCCCCUACACACACAUCAAACGUUAAUGAUUGUGAUGUUCAAGAGGUACCUCUCUCUCUCUCUCUCUCUCUCUUUCUUUGGUGAGUCCUAAAAGCCUCCUUCUUUUCAAGGUGCCGGUACUUGGCUUACAUUUCUUGAUAUUUUUUUUAAAAACUGUGAUAUUUUAUUAAGACAAUAUUAUUUAUUGUUAGUAAUAUAUUUGUAAAGCGUUUUUCAUAUUCUCUGUCCAAGCAGUUUUACAUUGGUUUCAGCUUCCACUUCUAAAGGUUUCCGUCCUAUAUGCUGAAUAGAGCAAACUGAGCUUUCAAAGUUGUGGAGACUUGACUUUGAAAUUACCUUAAAAAUUGGCUAGUAGCCCCCCCCCCCCCCAAGUUAAAUCCUAAGCAAACAUACACAAAACCCAUGACGGCGUCUGUUGUUACUGAGUCCUGUUCCCCCAAUCAGUAGGUUUUAAGGAAGUUAGACAUCUCUUCUCUCCAUUUAGUACCAUAUCUAUGUUACGCUAAAAUCAGAUUUUGGAACCUUUUAUGCUUGCUCUUCAUUUGCUCCCUACUUGGUUGCGAAAAACCUGGCUUUGAACUGUUUCUAUAUUUACGACUUGGAUGGCCACCUAUCUGCGUUCUGUUUUACCCCAAAGAAGCUUCUUUUUUGUUGCUCAUCUUGGUACGUUUUUUCUGAUUGUGAGAGGAGUGAAUUGCUAAUGCACUGAGCUGUAAAGCUGAGCCCUUCCCUGAUGAUCCGUCAUCUCCUACCAGUUCUCUUGGCAGCUAAGACCGUUGUAUUAGACAUUGGCCAAUGAAGGUGUUGGUGUCUCCUACAGUGGUGAGGAAAGUUAGAUUCCUGGAAUUUGUUCAGUUCUUUGUUCUGAUGCACUGGGGAAGGGAUAUGACUCUCUGCUGAUAUGUAUAGGGCUACCUUAAAACUUGGAGAUAUGUAUCAAAACAAUAUUAAGGCAAAUAGUGCUAAAGGCCUUGCUCACUUGGAACCGAAAGACAUCCCAUGCCGGGUGGAAUCUUAAAUGCAUCAAGAGGACACCCCCUCUCCGCCAUUUCCAGGAUGUGUAUUUUGAAAUAUUAACAAAACUGGAAAGACCCAUUUUGGAAUUUAUUUAACCCUUUCCAUCCCACUCCACUCAAAAUACUUUCUUCUUAGUUCAGAAGAAAUGAGAUCAAACCUCAGGCCUGCACUUGUGUGGUGGUGGAGGAGGAAAUGUUUCUUAAUAUACGGUUCAAACACGCACAAACCAUGCCCCAAUGACUGUACUAGGGAUCUGUUAUCUGCCCCCACCCAUUGGUUGAACUCUGAGCACCUCUAGAACUCCACUGACUUAACUGCUUAGUAGCAAAAACCAGUUGUGUAAAUAAUGUUCAGGGAGUAAGUUGGCUUCCCUGGGCUACUGUUGUGUUCCCGUUAAGUCUGCUGUGAUGAUUACCUAUAAAAAGAGAGCAUGUCUGUGUGUGUGAGAGAGAUUCUUUCUUUGUAAGGUUAUGUGUUUACCUUUCUUUUGCAAAAUGGAUGAAUGGAUGUGGGUGAGGUGAGUGUUAGGCAGCAAAUAUUAAAUCCCGCACGCAAGCUUUUUAGGGGAAGGGGUUGUCCUCUGAUUAAAACUCUGGUUUUGGCAUUUUCUGCUUGUAGCAUCCGCUACAUUCCAUAGUAAUUAGUUGGGGAUGGUGUUGAUGGUUCUUUAGAAUAAACUACCCUGUUUGGUUUUACUACAUUGAUUGUAUUUAGGUUAGAUCUGGGAGUUUCUGAACAUAUUUCAAACUAGAGGUGGGGUGCCUUUGGCCUUCCAGAUGUUUUGGAUUAUAGCUCCCACAAUUUCCACACCCUGUAUUCAAUAUUUGACUUUUGACUUCAACAAAUAAUGCUCUUCCCUCUCCCAAUAUCUACCACAGGAAGUAAGGGGUAAAUAUCUUCUGGCCAGUAAUAACUUCCUGAUGGCAUCAAUCUUGGAGGAAAGUGGGGUGCUAUUUGACCUUAAUGAUGCUAUCUUGGCUGCAUGAAAGAAUAACAGUAUUUCCAUAAGUGCUUGAUGUAGGAUUCAAUUGGGAAAAGAAGGCUUUGUUGAUUGCUCAGUAGCAGUUGAUUUGUGACUCAGAAAUGCAGAAAAGUAUCAUGUGUUGUUUUAUAGAGAUACAGCAAUAGGCUUUUGGGUUUACUGGAUUUAUAUAUCACUUUUUAAGCCUGAGAUGAGGUUCAGGUGCAUCUUAAAUCAGUCUUGCUCUUAAUUGCUUUGACAUUUUUGAAAAACCUAGGUGCUAACUUGAGGCGAAAAAGAGCAGACCAAGCUCCAUAAACCAGACUGUUUUUUUAUUCUUGUCCUUAAACCCAGUGUCUAGCAUGUUGUUACUCUGCCCCAGCUCAUUUACUUGAUAUUUCGCAAAAAUGAUAAUAGGUAUGUGUGUUGUUGACAACUUGACAUAAUUAUUUUUAUGAGCAGGCUAAAAUGGCUAGACACUAUAGGAAACCUAUGCGCUCAUGAGAGGAUUUCAUUUAGUUUAGAAAAGAAUGAAUUCCCUUAUGGAGAGAAAUAUGUACUUUCAAAAUGUAAUCGAUUUCAAAUGUUAUUCACUAGAAGAGAGAUGUUUGGGCCUCCAAAAUCCUCUGUUCCAGAUGUUUGGGCCUCCAACUCCCAGAAGCCCUAUUGGGCUUGUUGAAAGGCCAGGAAUUCUGGGAGCUGAAGUCCAAAAAACACCUAGAGGACCACAUGUUUGAUGCCAUUGUGCUAGAGGAGAAGAGAAAUCCAAUAGAAUACUGUCAACAUAAAUGUAGCUUGGACAGCUGUUAGAAAACGAUACACGAAACAAGUCAACCUGCCAUCAAUUAAAUAAGUAAAUUAAUUUGUUAAUUGUCCAGAAUUUCACAAAACUCUCCAUCAUGCAACAUGGAGAUGCUAUAUGACCACCUUUUCCCUUGAAUGUUUCAGCUUUUUCUCAUUUGCAUUCAUAUGACUGUGCCAAGCAAAGAUGUGUGGUAUGCCUGUUAUGAGACAACUUCUAUUCAGUCAAGCACUUUUGAGUGUGUUACCUUUAAAACAAAUUGCCUGUUAGAUCAGUUACUGUUACCAUGUUGCUACAGAGAGCAUCAUUUGAGAUAGGAUGUACAACUUGCUCAAGAUCUACACACAAGUCAGUUGCGCAUUCAAACAGAAGGCGAAAGUUGUGAGGCUAAUGAUUCCCAAUAGUCUCACAACUGCCUCCCGAUAUUUUGUCUUUUAGGUAGUGAAGGAGAUCCCUUUCGUGUAAAUCUUACUACUGUGGUAUAUGUUUUGGUCCUGGAAGGGUAGCUAGUAGGCAUGUGCAAUCCAUGGUUGUAAAGUACUUACAAAACUAAAGUUCUGGUGGUGAAAACUAGGGGCGCUGGUGCUUUGCUUCUACAGCAGUGGUUCUCAACCUGGGGUCCCCAGAUGUUUUUGGCCUACAACUCCCAGAAAUCCCAGCCAGUUUACUAACUGUUAGGAUUUCUGGGAGUUGAAGGCCAAAAACAUCUGGGGACCCCAGGUUGAGAACCACUGUUCUACAGUGUUGCUAAAAUUCUGGUGGUAAAACUUUCAGAACUCUAACACAACUUUCAAAGUUUCAUUAUAAAUGGCAGUUCCUAAUAGGUUCUGUCAUAAAAAUCACCAGUAAUGAAAUAAUAAUGAAAUUUUGAAAGUUUUGUUAGAGUUCUGAAAUUUUCACCACCAGAACUUUAGCAACACUGUAGAAGCAGAACACCAGCGCCCCCUAGUUUUCACAACCAGAACUUUAGUUUUGUAAGUACUUUAGAACCAUGGAUUGCACAUGCCUAGUAGCUAGAUUAAAGCCCACACAAUGCGGUGUAAAACUGUGUAAUGUUGCCCUAAAUUUCAAGAAGUUUUUUCAUUUUUUUGUCUCAUUGCAGCUUUUCAGCUAUCUUGUUGCCACCCAUUGCUUCAUCCUUUCUGUAGCCUAGAUGUUGUAGACUACUAGCCACCUGGCAAUCCCUCUUGUCUGCAUGGUCCCAGGAAAGUAACAGAACUCAGAAGCUUAUCAACCUUUUUGGUUGAUCAUAACUCAGAGCUGGUGAGUUGUGACCAUCCUAUGCACUGAAAAUGGUACUGGGUUUACUGAGAUCUCCAUAGGUUUGUGGGGCAGUGAAACUACUAGACCAGAACCACUGCAUCUAGUCUUGUUUACCUCUGAAAGGGCUACAUGAGCAUAUUUGUGUGAUCGCCUCUUGUUUCACAUCUUAAGCUAUCUUCAAUGUCAGUGAACAUCUUCAAACAGUUGCAGGGUUUUUUGGGUACUAGUCAAUGAAAAAGUCUUACAGUAGUGCAAAAACACAGUAUGUCUUAUUGUAUGACAGCAUAGAGUUUGCAUUUGGGGCAUGUCACACCUUUUACAGAGUGAAUGCCCAAAAUGCUAUAGCCUCACCACUCCCAGUCUUUUUUAAUCAGAGAAAGGGGGUAGAAUACAUGAAAUUAAAUAUGUUUACCUCAGUCGUAACACUGAAAAGCUAGUGUAGGUACACAACUUCAGUGUCCUGUGUGAAUUGAAAGGUUGCAUAUUCCAGGAAAGUUGGUUCAAUACCUUACUGCACUGUUAACAGUUUUUUUUUAAUGUUGAUUUUGCUCAGUUUCCGAGUAUGCUUUGUGUGUUUGUAUGUGUGUGAGUAUUUAAUUUAUUAAAACAGCUGCUGUAACUUAUUUUCAGAACUAUAAAAGUGUAAAAACAAAAAAUAAUUGAGACUUGCAGGCCAAUCUUAAAAGUUUUGCGCUUGGCAGGAGAGGGACGAAAAGACGUUUUAUAUGAAAAUGAAUGCACUUUGGGUGUGUUUAGACAUUUUGGGGGAGGGGGUCAGGCUGUUUUAUAGACUGAGUUCUGAAUGGCCUUGUGUGUAUAUAUUGUAUCAAUAGGCACGUUUUUGGUUUCUCAUUUGAAAGCAUUUGUAACUGCUGCAGGGUCCUGUCUGUAAAAUGGAUGUAUUGAAUAAGUUUGCCCCAUAGUUGGGGUGGAACGUUUCUCCUUUAACUCUCUUUUUUUCCUCCUUUUUGGGUAAAUUUUGUCAACCAUGGGAGAGAACUUUGCCCCUCUCCUGUUUGUAUCUCAUUUCUAUUGUGGGUUGUUUUUUUUUGUUUGUUCUAUUGGCCUAUGGGUGGUUGUUCGACAGGGUCGGUGGGAGAGAGGGGUUUGAAAUAAAAUACUUAAACAGUC